GUCAAGAAGAGCUGCGCGUUUUGGUUUUGACAGCGAAAUUAGCGACUGAGGUUAUGUAUGAUAAUGCAGCUAACCCGUCAGGCUACCUCAUUCCCCCAAACAAAAAUAUCUUUAGAUGAAUACAUGUGCUUUAUUCUGAUUCGUUGUCAUUUGUGGGCAGACGUAAUGCGGAGGAGCCCGUGAGUGGUGUGCUUAUGAGCAGAUUGAGCAUGGUUAGCGGUAAUUUGGGCUACUACACAUGAUGAUCGUCCUCGUCCUCAUCCUCAUCCUCAUCCUCGCUGAGCAUGGCGGAGUUAGACGGUGUGGAGUUCUGUGCGAAUCGAGCUCAAAGCAGCAUGGCUAACAACAAGAACAGCACGCUCCGUUGUACUUUCUCGGCCCCCAGCCACAGCAACACUCUCCUGAGGGGACUGUCUGUGUUACGCGAUCAAGGUCAGUUGCUGGAUGUGGUUCUGGUCAUUGACAACGAGCGCUUUGAGGUUCACAAAGCAGUUUUGGCCUCCUGCAGUGACUACUUCAGAGCCAUGUUUACUGGAGGAAUGAAGGAGUCAAACCAGAACACCAUAGAGCUAAAAGGUCUUUCAGCCAGAGGACUGAAGCACAUUAUUGAUUUUGCCUACAGUUCUGAAGUCACUCUGGACUUGGACUGCAUUCAGGAUGUUCUUGGUGCAGCCGUCUUCCUGCAGAUGGUGCCUGUGGUGGAGCUUUGUGAGGAGUUCCUAAAAUCAGCCAUGAAUGUUGAAACUUGUCUUAACAUCGGCCAGAUGGCCACCACCUUCAGCCUCUCGUCCCUUAAGCAGUCAGUCGAUGCGUUCACAUUCCGUCACUUCCUGCAAAUAGCUCAGGAGGAUGACUUCCUUCACAUUCCAAAGGAACGACUGGUUUUCUUCCUUCAGAGCAACAAGUUGAAGAACUGUAGUGAGAUCGACUUGUUCCACGUGGCAAUCCGCUGGCUGCAGCAUGACGCAUCCAAACGAGCUGCGGCCAGUGAAGUGCUCUGCCACGUGCGCUUCCCGCUAAUGUGGUCGUCUGAACUUGUGGACAGUGUCCAAUCUGUCGACAUCAUGGUGGAGGAUGUGCAGUGUCGACACUUUCUUCUAGAGGCCUUUAAUUAUCAAAUCCUUCCAUUCCGACAGCACGAAAUGCAGUCACCCCGAACUUCCAUUCGUUCAGACGUCACGUCGCUAAUUACUUUCGGUGGAACACCCUACACCGACAACGAUCGGACAGUCAGCGGCAAAGUUUUCUAUCUACCCGACAUCACAGUACGACAGUUCAAAGAGUUGACUGAAAUGGAGAUGGGAUGCAGCCAUGCAUGUGUGUCGGUUCUUGACAAUUUUGUGUACGUCGUGGGUGGGCAGCAUUUACAGUAUCGCAGUGGAGAGGGCGCAGUUGACGUCUGCUUCCGCUAUGACCCCCAUCUGAACCAGUGGCUUCGAAUCCAACCCAUGCAGGAAAGCCGCAUUCAGUUUCAGCUCAACGUACUGCAUGGACAACUUUACGCUACUGGGGGGCGCAACAGGUCUGGCAGCUUGUCCUCUGUAGAGUGCUAUUGUCCAAGGAAAAAUGAAUGGAAUUAUGUGGAUUCCCUGAAGAGGAGAAUCUGGGGUCACGCCGGAGCGACGUGCAGAGAGAAACUCUACGUCUCUGGAGGUUACGGGGUGUCUAUAGAGGAUAAGAAAUCUCUCCAUUGCUAUGAUCCAGCCUUGGAUCAGUGGGACUUCAAGUGUCCCAUGAACGAGCCAAGAGUCCUGCAUGCUAUGAUCAGUGUAAACAACCGUAUAUAUGCACUCGGAGGCAGAAUGGACCAUGUUGACCACUGCUUUGAUGUUCUAGCUGUAGAGUACUACGUUCCAGAGACCGAUCAAUGGACAACAGUCAGUCCGAUGCGUGCUGGUCAGUCAGAGGCUGACUGCUGCCUGCUGGAUAAAAAGAUCUAUAUAGUUGGAGGAUACAACUGGCACCUCAAUAACGUCACAAGUAUUGUGCAAGUUUAUAACACAGAGACAGAUGAGUGGGAAAGAGAUCUUCAUUUUCCAGGAUCUUUUGCAGGAAUAGCUUGUACACCUAUCAUACUUCCUCAAACAACUACCCAGCGCUAAGCACAUACCGUCUUACAUUUGCUGUUUUAGGCUUAAGAUUUAGUGUCCACCCGGACAGCAGUAAAAGUAAUGGUAUAAUUGGCUUUCUCUCAUUGAAAAGGGACUGUUAUGUCUUCAGUUUUGAAGCAUGCAUAAUUGAAGGCCUGUUCACAUCGGUGUGAGGGAAUGAUAUGAAAGCACACUCUUUACUAAGCUUUUUGAGUAUGUGAAGCAUCUUUCUGCACACUUCUUAAGCAGUUAUGCUGUCUUUGGCCCUUCAUGUAGAUUGCGUUGUUUCAUACUAAUGAGAGUCCCUGUGGGAUUAGCAUUGAUGAUAGAUUUGAAUGGACCAGCAGCACUGGGGCAAUGUCAUCACAUCUUCAUCUUUGGGAAUAUCUUACAUGUAUUCACAAUACAUCCUAAACUUCCACAUACAGAGACUGAUGAAUGUGAAAGAGAUCUCCAUUUUCCAGAAUCUUUUGCAGGAGUAGCUUGUAUCAUAUUUCCACAAACAACCACCCAACGCUAAGCACAUACUGUCUUACAUUUGCUGUUUUAGGCUUAGGUUUUUGAGAAUGUGAAGCAUCUUUCUACACACUUCUCAAGCAGUAACGUUGUCUUUGGCCCUUCUUGUAGAUUGACCCGUUUCAUAGUAAUGAGGGUUUCAUACAAGUGCCUGUGGGAUUUGCAAUGAUGACAGACUUGAAUGGGCCAGCAACACAACAGGAUUUAUGGCCUGUUCUCACUGGUGUGGUUUAAUGACACGAAAGCAAACUAUUCACAAGCAAUUUUUAUAACUAAACUAUCCAAAUUUCUGUCAUUUUCUGGAAUUUUGGAUAGUUGAAUAAAUUGGUUGAAAAAAAAUUGUCUCUGGAAAAGUGGGGGGCAGAACUUUGAAUUGUGAUAUUUUGAAUUUGGUCCGCUAGCUACAAUUUGGACAACAUUGUCCUCUUUGCCAGCACUUCCUUAUAGGUUGAAAAGAUUGAACCCGUUUUCCUAAUUGGCAUGUUGAAACCGUGAAGCAUCUUCUCAAGAAGUAAAGCUGGCUCUGGCGAUUAUAGAUUCAUAUAAAACAGUAGGCCUGAUCUAUAUGUUGGACUUUUCGGGCGAAUCCAUGUUUGUUUUGUGAUAAUUUGUACAAAACAACAUACACCACUAGGAAUAUUUAGUGGCAGGUGUAUUAAUAUUAAUAUAUUUUGUGAUGCUGUAUUAACCUAUUUUGUGACAAGUACCUGAUAUUAGUUAUCCUUUAUCAAAAUUCUCGUUUUUGAAUGGUUUUGUAAUAGAAAUUAUUUCAGAAAUCGUAACCACCACAAAGAAGCAGUGGAGGUAAAAAAUUCUCAUGACUUAAUGUUGUCCUUUUAAACAUUAAGGGGAUAUUUA